GAGCGAGGGCAGAUGGGCCGCGCUGGACUGUGCACGGCCGUCAACGCCGGGCUGGGCGGUCAAGGUUUUAUCUUGCCAGCCCCUGAGAGUCACCAGAGGGUGUUUUAGGGAGGCGGUGACUAUGCUCAGAUGUAUCAGGCAUUUUUCCAAAGUGCAGAUAUGACAUUUCUGGUUGGUCCUGAAUGUCUGCCUUGGCCCAGCUGCCUCCUGUCGUCCACGGGGCAGUUAACCAUCCAACCAAAUGACACAUGUGCCCACACAGGCCCUUCUCAAAGAACACAGUAAUUGUCUAGACACUUUUUCUCAGUUACCCUGGCCUUGAAGCUUCCAGUCGGUGGAAGCGGGAAGACAGGAGGGCAGCAUCGUCCCUGCAGAGUCCUUUUUUCACACAGGCCAGUGCCCAGCCGGGUUCCAGAGCAGCCCCACAAGGGGCUCAGGAGACGGAUGGGCCUCUGCACGUGAGUUUGGGGACUCCAGCAGGUGCCUGAGUGAGCGCGGCAGCCGGCCUGCGGGGCCAUGGCCAACACGGCCGUGCAGCUCCUGGGCUUCCUGCUCAGCUUCCUGGGCCUGGUGGGCACGCUGAUCACCACCAUCCUGCCGCACUGGCGCAGGACGGCGCACGUGGGCACCAACAUCCUGACGGCCGUGUCCUACCUGAAGGGGCUGUGGAUGGAGUGCGUGUGGCACAGCACGGGCAUCUACCAGUGCCAGAUCUACCGCUCGCUGCUGGCGCUGCCCCGCGACCUGCAGGCGGCCCGGGCGCUCAUGGUCAUCUCCUGCCUGCUGUCGGGCGUGGCCUGCGCCUGCGCCGUGGUGGGCAUGAAGUGCACGCGCUGCGCCAAGGGCACGCCCGCCAAGACCACCUUCGCGGUGCUGGGUGGCGCGCUCUUCAUCCUGGCGGGCCUCCUCUGCAUGGUGGCCGUCUCCUGGACCACCAACGACGUGGUGCAGAACUUCUACAACCCGCUGCUGCCCAGCGGCAUGAAGUUCGAGAUCGGGCAGGCCCUGUACCUCGGCUUCAUCUCCUCGUCCCUCUCGCUCAUCGGCGGCACGCUGCUCUGCCUGUCCUGCCAGGACGAGGCGCCCUCCAGGCUCCACCAGGCCCAGCCCAGGGCCGCAGCAGCCACGGCGCCCGCCUACCGGCCACCCGACGCCUACAAGGACAACCGGGCCCCCUCGGUCACCUCGGCCUCGCACAGCGGGUACAGGCUGAACGACUACGUGUGAGUUCCCAGGGCCUGGCCCUCCCUGAGCCCCGAAAGGCGCCAGGACCCAGACUGCCCCCUACUGCAGGGGUCCCGUGGCACUCAGUUUACUUUUGGGCUGCUUUUGGUCCAAAGGAAUAAUGUGAACAUGAGGAGAUGGAGGGAAAUGUGAACAGGGAAAGAGGGAAAAAGAAGAGAAAAGCUCUAUAUACCAAAGACUAAAACAAAGAAAAUCCUUUCUUUUUGUAUUUAUUACUAUAUGUAUUUAUGUGGGUGAUUUAAUUAAAAAGUGACUUGGGGGGGGUUGGUCAGUGGGGUUUGUU